GGCGGGCUUCUGCCAAAACUCUGUGGACAACAAUUCGUUUUAUGCUAGUGAACUAGCUCGGUCUGCUGCUAAACUGCUGAACUCUAGAUAUCUAAUAAACCGCCAACGACGAACAAAUUCGACCAAAUCAACGAUAAACUACCCAACAUGGAUCCCUACUCGGCAGAAGGCGAGUUGAUCAACAUCCACAACCACUUCCACCAAGGCCAAUACCAAGAAGUAAUCGACUUCGACACAUCCGCUCUCUCAGCCGAUAAUGCGCUACCCGCACGAGUACUUACCCUUCGAGCGAAGAUUGCUUUAGGACAAGCCGAAGACGUGGUCGCAGAUGUGAAGGGCGCAAGUGAGCCUGAGUUGUCCGCAAUUCGUGCUCAGGCACAAUAUAGCUUGGGGAAGACAGAUGCGGCGGUGCAGGCUAUCGAAGAAUUAGCUUCGUCCUCCGGCGAUAACCAGACGGUUCAAGUAAUCGGAGGCAUAGUUCUACAAGCUGCUGGAAAGUCAGAGGAGGCACUUGCACUUUUGUCCCAACAUUCUGGUAGUCUCGAUGCCGUCGCCUUAAUUACACAAAUCCACCUCCAGCAAAACCGAACCGACCUAGCUCUCAAGGAAGUCUCUGCAGCACGACGAUGGGCACAAGAUAGUUUACUUGUCAACUUGGCAGAGUCAUGGGUUGGACUGCGAUUGGGAGGAGACAAAUAUCAACAAGCCUUCUACGUAUACGAAGAACUCGCCCAAGCCCCCUCGACAUCCUCCAUCAUAUCCCUCGUCUCCCAAGCCGUAUGCGAACUUCACCUAGGUCGUGUUGAGGAAUCACAAAGUGCUCUCGAGCAGGCCAUACAAAAACAGCCCAACUACGCCGAGGCUAUCGCUAAUUUACUCGUUUUGACUAUCGUGACGGGCAAGGAUCCCGCCGAACUUACAAGCUCCCUUAAGAAAACAGCCCCCGAACACCCAUUCCUCGUCGACCUCGAAGAAAAGAGUUCCUUGUUCGACAAGGCUGCUGCGAAGUUCAGCGCGAAAGUAUCGGUCUGAAAAGGGGCAGGGCAAUAAUAUAAGAGUUCUGAAGAUAAAAUGAUGAUAUACUCGGAUAGGCAUUGGAGGAUGAGCCCAAAAGAAAAGGCGGUACACCUUUGAUUACGAUAAUUGAUGAACAUGGCGAACACCUUGCAUUGCGUACGUUGAUUGUGAAUUUAUUUCCGUCAGAAUAAGAGUGGUCACGCACGAUAAAUCCCGCGAGCUGUGU